AUGGAUCCCUACAAGCUUCUCGGGAUCAACCGGAUCAACGGCGCCAGCCUCAGACGCCGAGCUGUAUUCGCCGUCUCUCCUCCCUCCAAUUUGCCCCUCACCGGCGAUGCCGCGGCGCCGCCGCCCCAAAGCUCCCUCUCCAAGGAUGUCCCUCUCGACCCUAGGUUGGGGACCUGGCUCAGGAUCUUCCUCCCCAGCGGUGGCGAAGGAGGCGAUGAUCACCGGCGAUCGUUACCCCUCGUAGUCGAUUUCCACGGCGGCGGAUUCGUCCUCUUCAGCGCCGCCUCCACGCCGUUCCACAAGAUGUGCAGCCGCGUCGCCGCCGAGCUCCCCGCCAUCGUCGUCGCCGUCGAGUACCGUCUCGCUCCCGAGCACCGCCUCCCCGCCGCCUAUGACGACGCCGUCGCCGCCAUCCUCUGGCUCCGCAACCAGGCCGCCGCCGCAAUCUCGCCACCAAGGCCUGGAUCCGAGGAAGCAGAUCCGUGGCUAGCCCGCGCGGACUUCUCCCGCUGCUUCCUCUCCGGCACCAGCGCCGGCGGCAACAUCGUCUACCACGCCGCGCGGAGGCUGCUGGUGGAGGAUCCUCAGAACCUCAGCCCGCUUCAGAUCCGCGGCCUCAUCCUGAACCAGCCGUUCUUCGGCGGCGUGGAGAGGACGCCGUCGGAGAAGGCGAUGAUCGAAGACAAGAUCCUCCCCCUUCCUAUCACCGACCUCCUGUGGGAGCUCUCCCUUCCCGAAGGCGCCGACCGAGACCACGCCUUCUGCAACCCCAUGCUCCACCACCGGCGGCGCCUCCACCAUCGCCGUGAGCAGCCGCCGCUGCUGCCGAGAUGCCUAGUACGGGGCUUCCUAGGAGACCCGCUGAUCGACCGGCAGCGGGAUCUGGUGGCGAUUCUGGCGGAGCAGGCAGAGGGCACGGUGGCGCUGCUCGACAGGGAGGGCUUCCAUUGCGUGGAUAUCUUCGACCCCGGCCAGUCCGACACCUUCCUCGCCGACGUCAAGCAGUUCAUCUUCUCCUCCCCCUCCUCGCCUUCCGCCGCCGGUUCCAUCUCCAGGUACAGACCGCCCGUUCCUCCACCAUUGCCCGCCAUCUCCCCCCUGCAACGGAUGAUCAAAACCCUAAUUCCUCACCAGCAGAUUAUAAAGCACCAUUAG